AUGAACGCUCAAAUGAAUUCUUAUCCAUCCCCACCAGGAUACAGUGAGAUCUCCGAAUCACCACAGUCCCGCGCUGGCGCAAAGCCCUCUCAAAUACGUCGCAAGCCUAUCACACCUCGAUCGAUUACGGCAACAUCUUCGGAAAGCAAUAUCAUUGAUUUGACGAAGUAUGGUCAAGAUAUACGAGGAAACGGGGCCACGGAGGGAUCUAGUAAUAUAAAUGCUGCUCUAGCCUCAGGGUCACAAUCGCUGGCAGUUCCUAUCACACUCGCGGACUUCGAGACCCUCCAAACUACAUCUACAAGUACGAAUAUCGAACGCACAGUUUCUGCCCCGGCAGCCCCCCUAAAUUUGCCAAACUUCGAUAGUCUCCCCGGGAACACGAGCGAGACGAUAUCCGAGCCAUCCUCUACCCCAUCCGCGUCAUCCGCGUCGUCCUACGUAUCAAAGGCAUAUCAAGAAGCACGACAUUUUGCCGGGGGACUAAUAGCGCAUCCAUCCGAAAGUACCAAACACUUUUCUAUCCUACGACAUUCGCACGGUCUGGUAUUCUAUCAAGGAUCCUCUACCACUCUUGCGGUCUCAAUAUUCUCCGAUGCGCCUUUACCAGCAGGCCGACAGGUAUGGCUACAAAAUAAAGGCUGGUCAGGAAACACUGGGAUGCGCCUAAAAGCAAUCGUAGGAAAUAAUGGGGAUUGGCUUAACGUCACACCUAGCAUGGCCAUUUCACCCUCCCAAUUAAAGGCAAGCGACGAGCGAGCCUGGCAACGAGACAUUAAGAAAUUUAUGAAGAAAACCCAACACCCCAAACAUAUCUUGCGUGAAACUCUCGUAGUGCGCAUACCGGUCUCGGCAAGCGAUGGAUACUUUCACCUCGUACUUUGUCCUAACGACAAGAAGAAAGUUCUCUGUCCUAGUCCUGUAUUUCGGAUUCUUUCGGCUUCGGUCACUCCUGCUUCGAUUAGGGGUGCGAGUUUGAGUACUUUGCCGUUGGAAUUGGGUGCGUUGGCUAUGACUACUUAUGCUAAUAAUACUAUUGGAAAAUUAAUUUCUCCGGUGACAUCUGCGGCAGAAAAGGUGGCUCAUCCUUUUAUGCCUUCGGUGGCUAAGAAGGAGGCGGUGAUGAAACUUUAUGGCAAGAGUGGAACGGAGGAUAUGGUGAGAUCGACUGUCACAAAUGGAAAUAUCCAAUAUCAUGGUAUCAGGAGUUUUUCCUACAAUCAAGCUGGAAGUGAAGAAAGCGAAUCGGGUCCAAGUCCACCAUAUCCUAUUUGUUUUGUCGCACGGUCGGAAAUGGGAACAAGUGAUGCAGAUUAUUUUAGCAUGCCUACUAUGAAUUUAUCAGGUAUUGCAGAACAUAUAUCUCAUCAACUCCGAGGUCAUUAUUGUGCUUGGGUACGACAGCGUCCUGGCAACGGACACACGAACAUCGAUUCUGAAUGGUCUCAGACGGUGAUAUCUUCUUUACCUAUUCAAGCUUCUGGUUUCAGUCGAGCGACGAUUUCCCAGGCGAGCAGAAGAAUCUUCAAAAUACAUUUCAUCUCCGAUCAAUUCGAACCCCAUUUUUACAAUCAUAAGAAUCUAGAUGUGAAAAUUAUGGGCUUCAUACGUCACGAUACUUUGUCUAACUUCUCAGACCCAAACCUAAAUACAAAUCAUGAUCAUCAUCAUGAUCUAGAAGAAGAAGUGGUGGCUUCACUUAAUGAUAUUAUAUUUGCUCAAAUUAUCCUUGAUCAGCCGUUGUAUGCACCCGAGAAUAUGGGCCAGAUGGAGUGGUCGACGAGAGGUGUGUUGGAAAGAGCGACGACGGGGUAUGCGGAGGUGAGGUUGGCGGCGCAGAGAAGGGUUGAUAGAGUGCCGUUGGGUAGGUUGGGGUUGAGGAUGGAGGUUGAUGGGAUGAGGGAUAGGGAGAGGGGAGUGGGGGGAUUGGUGAAUGGAUUCUAUGUUGUGAGGUGA